CCUUUGUGGGCUUUCAUAUCCGCUUAUUUAUAUUUCUCUUCUCUUUUCUCUUCUGUAUUCCUUUCAUUCUUGUUCACUACUCCUUCUUGGAAUGAGCCUAACCUGGAGAUACAUAAAGGACCAAGAACGACUAGAGAGGAAAGCCUAAAUUAUAAAAAAAAGGUCCGUCGAACAUCAUUCCUCCUCAGACAUCCCUUUCAAUUCUCAACUCUACUUGUUCUGCGGAAUCCAAGAUGGCACUGAACCAAGGCAAUGUUGCAGAGGCUGUCCUAUCCGAGGUUCCUCCCGUUCUCAAAGACAUGAAAAAGGCAAAUAGAAUGCAUUCAGGCUCCUAUCGACAUACUUUUGCAGUUCAUACAGAAAGUGCACCAAGUCCAUUAUCGAAAGAAGCACCCCCUGAAAACUAUCGUGGGUUUGUGAACCUAGGAAUGCUUUUACUGUUUGGCAACAACGUUCGUCUGAUUAUCGAAAAUUAUCAAAAAUACGGCAUUCUCAUCUCUCUGCCAGGAUCCAAGGUAUCCAAAGAAGACUGGAUCUUGACCGCUAUCUCUCAUUUAUUACUGCCUUUACACGUUUUUGCUGCUUUCCAAUUGGAAUAUUGGGCCAAGAAAAGGGCUUUGGGCUAUCGUAAACGCCUUGUAGACUUAUCCGUAUCCUCUCCUUCCUCGACGGCUGCUGUUACAAAUGACAUAAACACUAACGGUGACGGGGAUCACAAGGACCCCAAACAGGCCCUCAAGGAGUAUCAACGCGUCGUGGCCGCAGCCAAGUUAUUUCAGAGAAUAGUAGGAUGGUUGCAUGUCUUCAACGUGGCCUUGAUCCUGCUAUGGCCUUCAUAUAUGUCCUACUAUCUGAUCUUUCAUCCAUUCAUGUCCAUGACCUGUUUAAUCAACGGUACUAUUCAAUCCUUCAAGAUGACCUCAUAUGCGCUUGUCCAUCAGGACCUUCGUGCAAUGUACAUUUUUGACGAGUCCACUGACAAGUUCAAACACUUGAACAACGUCCAUGAGGCUACAGCAGCAGUGUACUCAGAUAGUAGCAGUUCCUUAGAGAAGGAGAAAGGAAGAGAGAAAAAGGAUGCAAGGAAGGAGAGUGAUGCGACCCCAGGAAAGAUCUAUCAGUAUGAUGUUCAAUACCCUGACAAUGUGACGUUUUUGAAUGUCGGUUACUUUUGGUUGGCGCCCACGCUUUGUUAUCAGCCCUCAUAUCCACGUACAACCACCUUCCGCAAGUCGUUCUUCCUGAAACGAGUAGCUGAGACAUUUACCUGCUUUGGCAUGAUGUACUUCUUAAUUGAACAAUAUGCAACCCCAACACUUCAGAAUUCUAUCCGAGCAGUGGAUCAAUUGGCUUUCGGGACUAUGUUGGAGCGGAUCUUGAAGUUGAGCACAACCAGUGUGCUUAUUUGGCUCCUCAUGUUCUACACUUUUUUCCAUGCAACUUUUAAUGCCUUGGCAGAAAUGCUCUAUUUUGGUGAUCGAUGCUUCUAUCUGGCAUGGUGGAAUGCAGGAUCGCUAGCGUCGUACUGGCGAUUGUGGAACAAGCCCAUCUACACGUUUUUCAAGCGUCAUGUGUAUUUGCCAUUGGUGACCUCGGGCACUUCUCCUUUGGUAGCGUCUUUGAUCAUCUUUACGAUUUCGGCCCUUAUGCAUGAAAUUGUGAUCGGUCUUCCUACUCAUUUGAUCUAUGGAUAUGCCUUUGCAGGCAUGUUCUUUCAGAUACCGCUGAUCAUCUUGACCAACCCAUUGGAGAAGUGGCGUGGAACAGGAACGGGGUUAGGUAACAUGAUCUUUUGGGUUUCCUUCACGAUCCUAGGUCAACCUGCCUGUGCCUUGUUAUAUUACUAUCAUUGGACAAAACAGCAUAUCAAUGACCCUGUUGUGUCUAGUUAAUGUUUCGCUUACUUUUGUUCUAAAUUCAUUACCCUUUUUCAAUAAAUUUUUUGAAAUGCUCAUG